UGCAUUCAUCACCUUCAAUUGGUGUCCUUUGACUUGUAGUUCUAACUGUACCUGCUGGUCAGGUUGCAGAGGAGACUGUAAUUAAAGAGGAAGAAGAAGAGAAGUUGCCACUAACAAAGAAACCAAGGAUAGGAGAGAUGACAAACAGUGUGGAGGAAAGCAAGGAAGGCAAUGAAAGAGAGCUACUACAGCAACAACUCCAGGAGGCCAAUCGAAGAGCCCAGGAAUACCGACACCAGCUCCUAAAGAAAGAGCAGGAAGCAGAACAGUACCGUCUUAAGCUGGAGGCCAUAGUCCGACAGCAGCCCAGUGGAGUUGAUUUUACCAUGGUUGAAGAGGUGGCUGAGGUAAAUGCUGUAGUAGUCACAGAGGGGGAGCUGGAAGAGAGAGAGACACAAGUGACUGGGUCCGCAGGGACCACAGAGCCUCACGCUAGAGUUUCCAUGGAAACUGUUUCAUCUUAAUAUGCAAGGGCCACAAUUUGCACUGUUUUCAUAUUAAUCCUCUUUUAAAAAAGAAAAUAUACAGAAGACAAACAUUGCAUACAAACUAAGAGUGUCUUUAAGAAGAAAACUAUAGCAGGGUGCAACGCUUGGGCUCAGGAAGGUUCUCUGUGCAAUUGGAAAAUUCAAAGCCAUAUUUAGGGAACAUUUCUUCUGAGGGGCCAAAAGAAUAAGGACCAAAUUUCGUAGCUCACAUCAUUGCUUUAAGCAUAGAAGUAAAAGAAUAUUGCAUGCUGUGGGUUGAUUUUUUUUUUAAUAACUAACUUUCUCACAAGAUUUUAAGAUAACAUUUCUAAUAUAUAUGCACCUAUAUAUGCCUUUAAUAAUUA